AUGGGUAGUACUACGAAGGACAGGUUGGUUGUUGGAGUUGAUUUUGGAACCACCUACAGCGGUGUGGCUGCUGUAUACAGUGCGACCCCUGACGACAUCGACAUCAUCAAGACCUGGCCAGGAGGGAACGGUAUCACGUCCGACAAAGUACCCACAGAAAUUGGUUACAGCGAACCACCCUCCCGCAACGGCUCGACCUCCUCGCUCGACGCGCCGACGAAACCCACGCAGAACAUAAAAUGGGGGUUCCAAUUCAAACCAGAGGAGACGCGUCUCCGAUGUAUAAAGCUGUUCCUCGAUAGGAACCAGAAGCUGCCACACUUCGUAUCCCCACUCGAAACCGCCGCGCAAUUGCGCAAAUUUGAAAAGACGGUCAUGGAAGCAGUUUCAGACUAUCUUUCGCAGAUAUACAAACAUACAAUGGAGACAUUGACACGGAGAUACGGAGAGACCUUCAUAAGCCUGACCAAGGUUGAAUUCGUCUUGACAGUACCUGCCGUAUGGUCAGACUCAGCGAAGGAUGCGACGCUGAAAGCUGCGGAAAAGGCUGGCAUGGGCAACAGACACGAGCUGAAGCUCAUAUCAGAGCCUGAGGCUGCGGCGGUAUACACACUCAAGGCGAUACAGCCGAAUCAUCUGAAGAUUGGGGAUAACUUCAUUGUAUGCGAUGCCGGUGGUGGUACUGUCGAUCUGAUAGCCUACAAGAUCACCCAACUCCAUCCUCUCCGUGUGGAAGAGUCAGCAGUUGGGACUGGUGGGCUCUGUGGCUCAACAUUUAUCAAUUACCGAUUCGAAGACCAUGUCAAGCAGCGCAUUGGCACCGAACGCUACAACUGGAUGCGCGAGAAGAAGGUGAAGACUUGGAAUAUGGGCUUGAAAUACUUCGAGGAAUUCGUGAAGCGCAACUUUAAUGAGGAGGAGCAUAACGAAGUCAACAUACCUUUCCCGGGCUUACCGGACGAUGAAGAAGCAGGGUUGGACUCCGGUUUCCUGGUCAUGAGCGCCGAACAGGUCAAAGAGCUCUUCGAUCCAGUUGUUCAAGAAGUCAUAGAUCUGGUAGAGGGUCAGGUUCACAGUAUAAGAGCCAAGGGAGGCUUGGUGUGCGGAAUCGUCUUGGUUGGAGGCUUCGGGCAGAGCAAUUAUCUCUACGGUCGGAUGAAGUCGCACUUCAACAACGCACCCCCACCUCCUUACACGGAAAGACCCACGCAUGCCGUCGCAUUGAACGCUUCGCAGGCGGUUGAGAUAUACCACCCAAUACAUGCAUGGACAGCGGUAGUGAGAGGCGCAGUUCUUCGCGGACUAGAAGGCAACAUGGUUAUUAGCAGAAGAAGUCGAUGGCAUUACGGAACAAGCUAUGCGACAGUCUUCGAUGAGGCAAUACAUCCCAUAUCGGAUCGAUAUUGGAGUCCGCUCUGGGAGCGAUGGAUGGUCUCCGACCGCAUGCAAUGGCAUAUUGCAAAGGGCGCACAAGUCUCAGAGAACCGACCCAUAUCCUUCCACUAUACGCGCAACUUCCGCCCAGGUCAAUCCCUAAUUGUAGAGGACGACCUUAUUGCCUGCGACUCCGACGCAGCGCCUGACUCCUUCAAGAAGGGACUUAUCAACGUUUGCACACUAACUACCGAUUUGAACACGGUGCCCAAGAGCUUGUUUACGCGGUUGACGACGACGAAAGGAGUGGAGUUUGAUAACCUAGAUUUUACACUAGAUAUGCGGUGUGAGAGUGCGGGACUGGUGUUUGAGUUGAAGGUCGAUGGAGUGAGAUAUGGAGGGGUUAGUGCCAAGUUCCAUUGA